UUCGAAUGAACAUUUCAUGAAUGUAUUUUCUAAUCUGUUUGUUAUUUGAUAUUUUAAAAUUUUCUGCUUCUUUCAUUCUUCAUUCCACAUUUGUUGACAAACACACAUGCAUAUUUGUCAACAUACAGUGUUGACUUGCAAGUAGUCACAAGGAUGAAAGUGCGUUUACUUAGGAUGACUACGUUAUCCUCGAAGUCUGCACAGGUGGAUCGUGUUUGCUUACAAGUAAACCAUCAAUUAGGAGUUUGGAAGCGAAAAAUUUGAGAUAAAUCUAUUUGCGAUGAACGGCUGAACACUUUACUGUGGAAUUAUUUAUCCAACCUGUAGUGUUUAUUUUGUGUGUAUUGAUACAACCAGCUAAAUACUCAACUCAUGGAUUUGGAAUAUGGCAAAAACGAACAUUUAUUUACAGGAUCAAAUAUAACAACUUCUGUAUCUCAAUAAUGUACAGUUUGGCUUCAAGUUAAAAAGCAAGUUGUAAGGAACAACUUGUUUGGUGAAAGAGUAAACCAUUUUAAUUGCAAUCGCAUAAAACUGGAAAUAAAAGAUUGACGUUCUUAAAUAAAGGGCAAUUUAAGACCAACCCUACAAUCUUUUAAGGGUUUCGCCCAAUAAAUGUUAAUUAAUUGGCUGGCGCAAAGAGCGCAUCUCACUUUCUGGUCAGUUUCAACCUAACGCAACCUAACGACGUGACACUUACGUGGUGAAAUCCGUUACAAGUUGUCAGGUAGAUCUUUUACCUGCUUGAAUCCUAAAUAGGGGUUGAAAACACCGUUGGUGGUGGAAAGUGAUGCCUGAAGAUGGUAUAAAAGCCGAGCAUUGCAACAGAGGUGUAUCAUUCUCAGUUCAGAUCUUGAAACGUGUAGAAAGCAAAAGAAUAUUUUCCAAAAUGAUUGCCAUCAACGCAACAAACUAUCGUGAAUUCUCCACCAAGUCUUCCCAGAAGAGCACCUCUACUGGUGCUGUGGUCAACCUGAAGAAGCUGCUGAAGACAGUUAAACGCAUUUUCGCCCACUCCAAGUCGGAAGCAUCGUCAACAGCCGAAGUAGCUGCCGUAUCCUCUUGUCUCACCGAGGAAGAGUUCCAGAAUUUGUUGAACGAACAAAUCGAAGCCGCACACAACGCACUGUGUUAAUUGCAAUAGACUUCUGAAGUUACAAUAAUUCUGUGAUGAGACGAAAGACUCCAUGGUCACUAAAGGAGUUCAACAGCUUUACAUUUGCAUCUGUGAUGGCGAGACUACGAGACUGACAGCCUUUGCUUUACUCACAUCUGUGUUCUUUACAAUUUAUACAACCAACAAAACUUAUUCAUAAUGUAAAUAGUUUUAGUAAAUAAUCAUUGUCUUCCAUUAGCUUUAAAUAAUUGUCUUCCAUGCUUAGUUAUAAGUUAUA